CGUGCGUACGGGUGGUGGAGAUUGUGAACGUCAGUGAUGGAGUGAAGGAUUAGAAGUGAAGUGAUCGUAGAUUAAAGUAUUGUUUUCGCACUAUAAUUUAACAAUUUUUCAUUGAUAGUGCGUGUUGUGAUUGUCCUGUAAUUUUCCUGUGACAGUUUUUGUUAAUCUUCCAAAAUGUCGGAGCGAAAAGUCUUAAAUAAAUACUAUCCUCCGGAUUUCGAUCCUUCAAAAAUACCUCGGAUGAAAUUGCCGAAAAAUCGGCAAUAUACAGUCCGCUUGAUGGCACCAUUCAAUAUGAGGUGUGUUACUUGUGGAGAAUACAUCUACAAAGGAAAAAAGUUCAAUGCUCGCAAGGAGGAUGUUGAAGGGCAAGAUUAUUUAGGGAUCCGCAUUUACAGAUUUUAUAUAAAGUGCACACGAUGUUUGCAAGAAAUAUCUUUCAAAACUGAUCCAAAAAACACAGACUAUGAGAUUGAAGCGGGAGCUACACGAAAUUUCAUGGCACUUAAAUUAGCUGAAGAACAGGCUCAAAGAGAAGAAGAUGAGAGACGUGAAGAUGAAGCUACUAACCCUAUGAAAUUACUUGAAAAUCGCACCAAACAAUCAAAGCAAGAAUUAGAAUUGCUUGAAUCUUUGGAAGAAUUAAGAGAUUUAAAUCGUCGACAAAGAUCAGUAGAUUAUGACUCCAUGUUGUCUCAAUAUGAUAAUAAAGAUGUAUUAAAAAAAUUAGAAGAACAACAAAAAGCAGAAGAUGAAAAAUUUAUAAAGUCUGUAUUUGGCUCAAAGAAAAAAGUAGUUGAAGAAGAAAUUAUUGAAGAAACUUCUGCAAGUUCUGCAGUGACAAACAGCAUUGCAAGUAUGAAGAGAACAGCAGAUGAUUCAAAACCAUUAUUACAGUCAACAUGUACAUCUUCCAAAAUGUUUGAAAGCAAUAGAGAUGAGCCUCAAAGUAAAAUAUUGAGAAUUUCCAGUAAUGAGGAUAAAGAGGAUUCAGAUAAGAAAGAUUCAGAAUCCUCCCAAAGCAAGAGGACUUUAAGCAAGCCAGUAGGUGGUCAAUGGAAUAAGAGCAUAGGUGCUGUGAAUAAUAAAAAGGGUGCCCUUGCUGGCUUAGUACGCAUCAAGAAACCCAUCAGUAGUGAACAGAGUUCAGGAUGUGAUCAAAAACAACCAUCAGCAAGUGAUGCCAAGGAUAAUAAAACUACAAGUUCUGCUUUGACAGGUCUUUCUUUACUUGGUUCUUAUUCAGAUUCAGACAGUGAUGGAAGUUAAAAGUGGAUACACAAUGUUCUAUUUGAAAAUAUAUUAGGUUUAAUGACGUAAUUUACAUUAAAAUCUUAAGUAGUAAAGUUUAUGAGAAAUUCAUAAGAAUGAAGGAAAGUUCUAAUGUUUUGGAGAACAUUGUUAUGUUCAUGAAAUAUUGUAAUUAAUACUUACAUUUAUCAUGUAGGUAGGAAUAAGUAAGGCCAUUUCUAUAGUGACAAUGUAAAACCCAUGUUUAAAAUUGAGACACUGUUAUUUAUUAAUCAUGAAGUAAGCCUGUUUAUAUUGUACAAAUACAAUAGAAAAAUAAAGUUACAUUUUAAAAAAGUUUUGUGGUUAAAUAUUAUAUAAAAAGAAAAAAACAAAUGUAUCCUACGCGUUUAAAUAAAUCUUUCUAAAUUUUAUAAAUUUACUCUCAGAAUUAAUAUCAUACUCCUAAAAUAACUCUUCAAGGUAAAUCUUGGGACCUCUUCUCAAUUCUGCUUAGUCUUUUUUCCUUAGAGAAACAGGAACUUUCGUUCUCUGCCGCGCCUCCAGCUUGCGCACGGCCUCCUCCUGGUGGAGGCGCUCCU